GGGACCUUCGCAGUGGUGAAGCCCAGCACGUGGUUAGGGCAUUUAUAUUGACCAGGAAGUUGCAUCUGUGUUGGAUCCUCGGAAACAUCAGCCUACAGUAGAGACAAAAGCCAGAAUGGAUAUUCGAGCGUGGUAUUUGAGAACUUCAAAACUGGCUCUGGCCUUGGCAAUUAUCCGAUCAAAACCGGCAGACAAAAGCAGCAGAGAAUACACAGAGCACCUUGCAGCACUGGUGUCUAAGCAGGAGUCGAAAUGGAGGUCAAAAGUUGAAGCCUUGGAAGCCGAAGUUCUACAGUUACGUCAAAAACUUCUUCUGAGUAGAAUUUGUUCAGGAUCAAUUAAGAGUGGGAACUUAUCUUCCCUGUUGCCGGCUCAGGAACAUGGAAGUUCUGAAAGUACAUUAACUACGAUGGAAGAUUCUGGGUGUGAUUUAUCAAGUGAACAGAGAACUGAGUCUUUGGAACUAUCCCCACAUUUUGUGGAGAGCUGCACACCCCGACUUUUUCCACUACUACCUCUGGUGAAAAGACCUGGUGCUGCCCCAGAAAAUCCUUUGUUUUCUCACAUGCAGUUCUUACAGCAUCUGCUUGGACUAAAGAACUUGACAGAAUCAGGUAGUCUGAAAACAGAUUUAACCCACUUUGAAAAAGACUUUUCCAUAGUCUCUGAUUCUGUUUGUCAGUUGCUGGAUGGCCUGAUUGCUUUUUAUCGUAAUCCCAAACUUCCCUUUUCAAGCUUUUGGACAGAAGCUGUUGGUACUUUAGCUAAACUGACCAGUGAUUAUAACUUAUCUAAUUAUAUUUUUAAAAAGUGUUACAAGAAGUUGGAAGAAUUUGAGAAAACACUACUACAGGUUAUUUUAGGGAACAACCAUAUCAACCGGUUUCAGGUGCAGCAUUAUAUCUCUCAGAGUCUGGUAACCCUAGGAAGUUGCAGCUUGUUGAGAAAAUCUAUUAUAUCUCUACUUCUGUCAGAAGUAAACAGCUUUGCUGAUCAUCUGGGGUCCAUCAGUGAGGUACAAGCCAGUUACGAUGUGACACGCUAUGAAAAUAUUUUCUCCUUGUUCUGGGUUCUAGAGCAGCUUCUUCAAAUGGAAACCAAAGACCACACUGCCAAUUUAAGGCAUGAUGACCCAGAAGUCAAGAGAUUUCUUCAGAACCAUGAUGAAACUAUCUUCCAGCUCUCUGAUGCAUUUCCUCUGUUUACUUUUUAUUUAUGGAGACUGGGCAUUCUCUUGAACUCAGCAGAGAUAGAAAUUGUUGAAAAUAACUCAAUUCCCUAAUGAUUUACAAAUAUCAGAAGAUCUUGUGCAUAAAUAUUUUAAGAAUAUUUUAAAUGAAUGUUUUUAAAUUGAUAUCUAAGUGUAAUCAUUAAUUCAAUUUAAAGGUUAGUCUUCAAUUGUGGAUAAAUAGAUUAUGAGUCAUCUUUCUAUAUUAAAAUCAGUCUAUUCAGGUGAGACUACUUGCCUCAUUCCCAUGUAAUUGUAUCUUAUGUCACUCAAUAUAGUCUAGCUCUAUUAUUCUCAAAAAUGGACCUUUAAUUAUCUUUCUCAUAACAAAUAUUUAAAUUGUGAAAGAUUUUCAUGUAAUAGAUUCUAAAAGAUAAUGAAGGAUAUCUUAGAAUUCUGUGGCUUUAUCAAUACAAAGUGCUUAAAACAGUUAGUUAUAAAUGCAGUUUUUAAAACAUAUUUUCUUACAUAACUGUGCUUACAUCUCUUGUGUUACCAUAGAGGGUACUUAUAAAGAAGGAGGAAAUUUUUUAAUAUUUGGAAAACUUCGGAGCAUUUAAUUUUAUAUAAUGAACAUAUUCGUCAAAUCUUUUUGAAAGUAUUAUUUAGUUCCUUAAAAUGUGCAUUGUUUUUUUUCUCAACAAAUACAUGCUUUGAUUGUUGAUUGUGUUACAAAAUUGCUAUGAUUAUUUAAAUGUAGUUAAGUUGUAUAUAAUUAAGUUGUUAACAAUGCUUCUAUAAAUUCUAAAAUCCAACCAGAAAAUAUACUUUAUACUUAUAUAAAAGUGUUGGUUGAAUUUUCCAGUUAUGCAAUUUAAUUGACUUCAUUUCAAUUAUUAAAAGCACAACCAACAAGCUUAAUAGAACACAUUAUAUACUUUCUAAUUGUGCAAUUUGAAGUACACCAAAUAUAAAUUUGCUUUAUUAAUUAUAUGUGAUUUUUAUUUUAACUGUCAUUUUUAAAUGCCAUUGGUACUAAAAAAACCUUGCUAAUUCCUUCAACAAUAUAUAUAAAAUUAUAUCAUCUGCCAGAGUUAUGGGGGAAAGGGGGUGUCUAGCUUUCUUAAAAAAAUAAAGACUUGGACUGAGGCUAUAGCUCAGUGGUAGUACACUUGCCUAGCAUGCACAAAGCCCUAACACACUGUGUUAGAUUUCUUGCAACAAGUCAAGCUUUGGUCUCUUCCACAUGUGCUUAUUCUCAGAUAUAGGCUGACAGAGAAGCAGCUAUUUAGAGGAAGCUCUUCUUAUGGCAGUGACAGUUGAGCAAGAUGAAAAAGGCUGGGCUGAGAAAUAUCACAUUGUCACUUGCACCCACACACGUUGGCCCAAGUACAUCAAAUAACCAAGCCCAAAGAAAAGGAAUAGCAAAGUACACUCCACUUGUAGUGGGAGAAAAAGCAAAGCUAUGUGGCAAAAGGCAUGAAUACAGGAGAGAGUGGAGACUAGAGGCCAAUAAUGUAUUCUAACACAAGUACCAGUUGAACACAAAAAUUCUAGAUCCUGGAUGAGGUCUUUCUAUAUUUGGAUCCUACAAACACCUCUUAAGGUUUCUGUCAGUCACUUCAGUUGGUAAGAUUACACAAAACCCACUUCCUGUGAAGUGUCCAUCUUCUCUCUUCCAUAUUUAUUUAAAAAGAUUCCUAAGUAGCAGUGCAUCACAGUGGCCCUUUUCCCACUGCACCCAACCAACAUAAUGAUCAGUAUGAAACUUUUGUAACUAGACAAAUUUUUAAUUCCAGUAGGAUUCAAGCUUUCAAGGUCUGAAAGUUAAACUGCAAAUCUUAUCUAUUAUAGGAGAUAUGAGAUGUUAGGAUCAUUAUUACUAUAUAAAAUAGAAUGAUAUUUUAUCUCCAUUUUUUUUUCUUUUUAUGUAAGCACUUAACUUCAGGCAAGAAUAUGAUACCCAACCUUUCAUUACCUUCUGUUUCAAUCAGUAACAGAGUUAAAUGUGCAAUAAGUUUAGUAUUGAGGUUUAAAUAUGCUGUUAAAAAAGAAAAUAAAAUGAGACAUUUGUUUUUGUAUGUUUCAGUAAAAGAGAGAAAAAUGAAAGAAAGAAGGGAGGGAGGGAAAGAGAAGAAACGUAAGAAAGUCAACCUAGAAUUAUAGUAGUUAAUAAUAUUAUAGUAAUUUAGAUUUGGCUAAUUUCUAAUUUUAGAAUUAAAGUUUGGGGAAUAUAAAGAAUGGAGACAGUAGGAAUUAGGCAGUAUUGAAACUGGAUAAGGCUGGGAAAUAAAGACCAUAAAAUAAUACUAAAACUGGAGGAAAUGAUAAUAAUUGCUAAUACUCAUGGUUUUUCUUAUAUAUAAUAAAUUAAUAGUACAUGAUUAAUUAAAUUAUGUGAUAUUUACAUUAAAUAAAUACAUAAUAAAAUUUUUAUA